AUGAGGAAAUUAAGAUCAUACAAUGCUCAGUCGGGAAAUUGCGAAUUUUUUUACUAUACUGGCUGCGGAGGUAACGAAAACAACUUCACCUCAAUGGAAGAGUGCAAAAAAUGGUGCAGCCAUACAUCUAUUUUGAGCCAUUCAAAAGCGAACUGGUCCAACUGGUACACGAUGCAAAAAUACGAUGGCAUGAGCGUGAAAACGAUUGUUUUUAUUGGAGUGAUAGUGAGCGCUUUCGUGCUCCUUUUAGGUUUCUCGCUGUCAAGGGGAAGUGGACCUUCCAAUAAAGACUGUCUUCUUCCCAAAGUAGUCGGACCUUGUCGUGCAGCUAUUCCAAGAUAUUACUACAAUUCCCAGUCCGGGAAAUGCGARACCUUUACUUAUGGUGGCUGUGAUGGUAAUAAAAAUAACUUUGCAACGAUGGAAAAGUGCAAAGCGGCUUGUCAUCCAGCAUGAAUCAUUGAAACGUGAAGAAGUCGUCUUAAAUAAUUGUAGAUGGAUAAAGAUUAAAUAAAUCCACUUAAACCUAAAAAA